UGUUUGCGUUUUUCGUUAUGUUAUUGUUUGUUUUGCAGUUUGUUUGGAUCUAUUAAUUUUGAUUCAUUACACUUAACUUCUUUUAACCUGUAUUUCCUAUUUCUAUCUAGGAAAUGGAGGCUGACUAUUACGAAGUUACGUCGGAACUGGACGCACGAGAAAUACUGCGAUACCUCAAUGACUUGGGCAUUCAUAAUAUUAGCGGUGAAGUUCUCAAGUAUUUUAUGACUGAUUUGAAGAAAUUCAUAAAAUAUGACUUACAAAAAAAACAUAAAUCUGAUGACAAGGAAAAUUAUGAAAUUCAAGGCCCUGAAAGAUUGCAUAGUGCAAGUACGUUUUGCUCUCGUAUACGUUCCAAGAAUCUUGAAAAGGGUAAUCUGCAAUGUACUCGUGAGUGCCACAGCACUCGAGUGCAGUCUGCACCGUCACUCAGCAGAAGUGCAGCGGCGGCCGCAGACGCCCCGCGGAGAUCCUGCUCAUGCGUGCGGAUGGAGAGCAUGCCUCGCUCGGCCACCGCUACCAAAACACAAACUACAAGUUCCACUAACUUAAUCAAAGUUGCAAAACAGCCAUUACAAAAGAAAUGUGACCCUGUGGCCCUCUACCACUACUACAGUGCGGUGUGGGAGCGCCACCGCGAGCAGCUGCCGGGGACCAGCCGGCGCCAGGACCUGCGCUGGCAGACCCGCCAGAGGAUGGCCGGGAUGCUGCCGAAGCCAACCACCAACCAGAUGACAGAGAAACUAAAAGUAGAACACAAGCAUGGCAAGAAGAAACCUUGACAAUGGGAUUACCAUCAGUAUAUGAAGUUGGUUUUUUUAUGUUGAGCCUUAGUAAGGCAUGGCAAU